UUGAUUUAAGCUGUUUUCUAAGAUGUUGUUUAUCCUAGGCUUUGCGUAUUAUGUCAGCGAUAGUGCCGAAUACAAAUAAUAUAGUAGACCAUGCAGCUGAGAAGGAAAAAUUAUUAGAGGAUUUAUUAGUGUCUGCAAAAGAAUGCCAUGUCAGGUUUGGUGGACGUGCAGAAUUAGCCACAGAAUCAGAAACAUGUGUAGCGAAGCUCUGCCACAUAUUUGAAUUAAUUUUUAGCCAUGGAUUAAAAACAAAUUAUAUAGAAAAAAUCAAUUCUGCAUUCAGACAUGUAUCCGAUUUAGUCUCUGGUUAUAAUGCUCGACCUGGCAAUGUAGUGGAUGCAGCAUUUUGGCCAUGUAUAAAGGAACAGCUUACUUGGCAUGAGCAGGAACGUUUUAGUAUGUUGAGAAAGGUUCAUACUGAUUAUGGUCGAGGUAGAGCAUGGCUGAGAGCUGUCUUGAAUGAAAGAUCUCUAGAACGGCAUUUACAUGCUAUUAUAAAUCCUAGUAGUCUAUCUCCUUAUUAUGAAGAGUGGGCUUUUUUACUUGAUCAAGAAAAAAGUUCUGUGCUACCUAAUGUUACUGCAGGUCUUGGUACAAUUUUAUUUGCAAUAAGAACAGACAAUGAGGAACUUGAUGACCUAAAUGGAAAAGGAAUGGACAGAGGUAGAUACACUCAAUCAGAACCAAUUAUUUCGACGGUAAUCCCAGAACUUCUCCCGUCUGAACAAGAAAAACGAAAAAAGAAAGUACAAGCUCGCAUAAUUUCUUUCGAUGAUGAUAAUGAAGAAGAGGAACAUAAGGAAAUUAUAACUUCUAUUAGUGCACCACCAACAUGCCCUAGUUCUCCUGCGAUAACGCCUAAAGAUUCUACUUCCCCUUGCUUAUCAGAUUCUCAACCUCAAGUCAACUCCAAUGAGAGUACAAUGAUCAAUACGAAACGAGAAUGGGAACUAUGUGAAUCUUUUGAAGAAGAAAAAUUAUUAACUCCUGUAAUGGAUGCUGAGAACUUGGGCGGCCUUGUACCUGUCUCAUCACUUGAUCAAACACUAGAUGAUAUGUUAGUUACUCUGCCAAAUUACUUAGAUGAUUCAGAAGCAACGGAAUCUGCAAUGGAGGCAACAGAACCAUUAGUUGGUUUAGAUUUCCAUGUAGAUCCAGAGACUUUAGAUAUAGAUACAUUACGCAUAAGACUUUUAGCUAUGACGGAAGUAUUGGAACAAGCUAGAGAAGAUGCUAUAACGAGCAGAUUACAAUUGGCUCGUUUUCAGAGACAACACCAACAUUAUUUGGAAAAGCAUGAAUUACAAUUACAAACAUUGAACAGAGAGAAUGAACUCUUACGACAGCAAUUGCGUAAGUAUGUCACUGCUGUUCAAAUGUUAAGACGGGAUUCCAAUUCUACGAUAGUAUCUGAGGAAGAUCCAUCAUUGGAUUAUCACAAUGAAGCGCGACAAUAUGAAGAAAAAUUAAUACAAGUUGCAGAUAUGCAUGCUGAAUUAAUGGAAUUUAAUGCUAGAUUGACAAUGCAAUUGACGAAUAAGGAAAGAUUAGUAAAGAUGCUGCAAACGGAAUUGGAAUGCCUUCGGGGACCGUUGAACGAAGACGAUUUACCUGCGGAACCACCAUGUCUUAUUCACAUAUGGAUUCCAUCGGCGUUUCUUACGGGACAAUCUUCUGAUAUACAUCACGUUUAUCAAAUUUACGUACGUAUAAGAGACAUAGAGUGGAACAUUUAUCGGCGGUAUGCUCAAUUUUAUGCUCUUUAUAGAGAGCUAAAGAAACACGAUGCUAUUGUUACAACUUUCGAAUUUCCGCCAAAAAAGACAAUAGGAAAUAAGGAUGCAAAAUUUGUGGAAGAACGACGACAAAAAUUGCAGCAAUGGUUACGUCGUGUCGUCGGACGUGUAGCACAGUGUUCACCUGUAUUUGCAUGCAGACCGAGCAGACAGACACUCGUAUCUUUGAUGCCUUUCUUUGGUGAUAGUCCUAAUGCUGAGGAAUCGAGGAAAAAUAAUUCUGCAAGAAAUACUUUUUCUUCCUCCCCUCAAUAUAUGGGUUUAUAAUCAUGACAAUUUUUAUAGACAAUUUGUACAUAAUAAAAAAAUUUUAAUUUAAUUGCGUCAGACAAGUAUCUUGUUAUAUACAAUAUACACUGUUGAUAAUUAAGCAAAUAAAAAUAUGUGUAAAUAAAAAUAUAUCUAUGCACAUGUGACUAUAUAAUAUAGACUAUAUAUACCAACAUGUGUAUAAAAUUAAUAUGUAGCAAAAAAUUAUUAAAAGCUGGUCUUUUC